GGAGGAAAGUACCGAUCUCUAUUCCUCUUCCUUCCUUGGUCAUCGUAAUAAUCUUUUUGUUUUGCUACCAUUCCUUGAGGAGUUAUUAUAAUUAUAAUAAACAUUAAAGAAAGAUCGCAACUUAGAGAGAGAGAGGAGAGAGAAAGUGCGUGAAAAGACCUACUUGAUCUUCGAUAUCCUUCGUCUUCCUCUCUCUCGCUCGAUCGCAUUCGUGUAACCAUGAACGAGAAAGCCAACGUUUCUAAGGAGCUCAACGCCAAGCACAAAAAGACACUAGAAGGACUUCUUAAAUUACCAGAGAAUAGGGAAUGUGCUGACUGCAAAGCUAAAGGACCAAGAUGGGCUAGUGUCAAUCUUGGCAUCUUUAUUUGCAUGCAGUGUUCAGGAAUACAUCGAAGUCUUGGGGUACAUAUUUCGAAGGUUCGCUCUGCUACUUUGGACACUUGGCUCCCAGAGCAGGUUGCAUUUAUUCAAUCUAUGGGAAAUGAGAAAGCAAAUAGUUAUUGGGAAGCAGAAUUACCUCCAAAUUAUGACAGAGUUGGUAUUGAAAACUUCAUUCGUGCAAAGUAUGAAGACAAGAGAUGGGUUGCAAGGGACACUAAGCCAAAAUCACCUUCUAGACUACCAGAAGAGAAAAGUCAUUCACAAUGGCAAAAAUCUGUUGAAAGAGUUGGGCAUAAUCAUGUUGCAGAGAAUAAUUUUGAAGAAAGGAGGAAAAUCCAACUAUCAAAUGCAAAUCCUGCUACUAGAAUUAGUAUUCUUGCUCCUCCUAAAGGACAUGUUCAGGUAGCUCCAGUGGCUAAACAUCAGCAUAUUGAGAAAGUGGAACCUCUGGUGCCACAACUGCAAGCUGAAACAUCACAGACAACUGGCACAGCUCAUGAUCCCCCUCCCAAAGUUGAUUUUGCAACGGACCUUUUUGACAUGUUGUCUAUGGAUGAUCCAAAUGAAAAGGGCUCUGACGCCGCUGAUACUACUGCUGAUGAUGAUAACAACUGGGCAGGUUUUCAGUCUGCUGCAGAGACGUCAACAGCUGAGAAAACUGACACCAGGAAAUCGUUUGAGAGUACACCCCAGCCCAGCUCUGGAAUUGACGAUCUAUUUAAAGACUCAUCUUCAGUAACGCCAAUCUCUGCUCUUGAAAAACCACAAAAAGAUAUAAAAAAUGAUAUUAUGAGCCUCUUUGAAACGAAGCAGAACAAUAUAGUGUCUCCAUUUGCUAUGCAUCAACAGCAGUUGGCUAUGCUAGCACAACAACAGUCCCUUAUAAUGGCUGCUGCUGCUGCUGCUAAAUCUGCUAGCGGGGAUGCCAAAUAUCCUGCUAAUGUACAGCAACCUAGUCUCAAUAAUCCUAUCCAAAGUUGGCCAGCUGCAAGCUACCCAAUCCCAGGAGUAACUCCCGUGGGUGAUCAAGGAGAAUUGCAGAAACUUAUGCAGACAAUGAACAUGACUUCCGCCCAUCCAGCAGAGAGCUCAGUUCAGUAUCCACCAUCUAGUUUUUUUACUAUGGCUCCAGUUAAUGGCGCAGUGACGGCAGUAGCUGGUAAACCUGAGUCAGCAACUCCAGUAUCAUCAACCACUACACAGACGGCAAAUGAUUAUGAUUUUUCCUCAUUAACACAAGGAAUGUUUGCAAAACCCUGAUUGGCGUUUGUUUAAUAGUGCCCGAUGUCAUAUAUACCAUGGAAAAUUAGUUAAAAUUACAGAAAACUGCAAUUCCUUUUUCUCCUUUCCCUCGAUUGGUCAUUGGGUUGUAUACCAUUUGUAGAGCUAGUGAGCUAGUUCAAUUUUUUUUUCUCUUGUUUGAGGAUGAAUGCUUAAUUUGUACUGAUGUGUAUUCACAAUAAAAUUCAGUGUUUUUAAA